GAAAUAUUGUAAAUUGUAUAAUUAAACAGGAAUAGAGUCAAACACAUCUUUCAUUAUUUAAUGCAGAGAAUUAUGACUUUCUUUAGAAGUUCAGUAGGACAACACUUACAGAGGUCUGCUUUUGAUAUACUUCAACCACUUCAUCUUCAUGGUCCCGAGAGCGUUAGAAAUUUCUGUGUUUGAUAAAAAAUGCUUCUGGAAUUCUGAAUGAAUGAUGCUGGGGAUUCCCUUUGGCAAACAGACACGUGAUAGAAAUUCGCAGCCGGCGAUGCCAUCAGUUAUAUUUUUGGUGUAUUUAUUUUGCAUUUGGAUGUAUUUUGCUCCCAUUGACUAGACACAUUCGGAUAAAAUGCAACCAAUAAUAGCAACGGUUUAUUAUGAAACGUUCUUUCAACCGCUCAAAGUCUUACACUGAACAAGGUUACGUUCCUGUAGCGACUGAAGAAUCUGAAGCAGAGGACGUUUUUACAUCUGAUAGUCCAGUGUUAAAAAAGUCCAGUCCACGAAGAAGUUUGUCUGACUCUGGUGCAGAUAAAGUCAAACGUUCAAUUGACGUGGCUUCGAACACAUCAAACACCGAGUCCAACAUGUCGAAUGCUCAGCAAAAUCCAGAAGAGAGGACAGAAAUUCUUCAGGGGGAAGAGGAAGACACACAGGAGAAUACCGUGGAAAAUAACAUACAAUGGCCUACAGGAAAUAAAAAAAUCAUUUUAGCCAUUGGCCUAUUUACAGUUUCUUUGGUACUCCAUUUAUAUUCUUUGGUGAAUUUCCUUCAAGAAAAUAAAUCUGAAGAGAAUUUUAAUUUACCAUCACAAAUGUACAGAUUGAAUGGGAGCAAAAUAAAUAGAUCAGAAACUACCAAUUCUUGUCUUCUAACCAUUGAUUAUACAGAUCAAAUCAAAGAAUAUGUUGAUAUCAAUCAAGAUUGUACACCAAUAGAGAACCUAACAGGGAAAGAUAUUAAAUAUGAAUUUUGCAAUCCAUCACAUUAUACGUAUCGUCCGACGAAAUGCGUUUGUGCGAAAAUACCGAGUAAUUGUACCAAAACUGAUACGAAUAUCAAUUGCUCAGACUGCACUGGGUUUUUUCCCAAAUGUCGUCAUAAUACCUCUCGAGUGAUAUGUGGGGAAAUCCGAAGGUGUCUUCUCUCGGAUGAAGACUGUGGAAAGUGUAACUGCAAAGGAACAGAUUUUACUGGAAAAUAUUGCCACUUACCAAAAAAACUGGAAUGUAGAAGGUGCUUGCCAAAGGAUUGCACUUCAUUGCCUCCAUGUAAUAACAGUACUAAAAACCCUUGUCAAGAUACCUUCAAUUCGACUGUAAUGAAUUGUACCGAAAAAGAAAAUGAAAAGGCAAAGGACUGCUCUCUGGAACAGGAUAACACAGAAAAAACACCAAAUGAUUAUAAAAGAAUUGAAAAAACGGAAAAUGGAAGUGCAACUUCCCAAAAAAACACAUUCUCAAACGCCACGCAGAGUGAUCGUAAGACAUGUUCACGGACGUCGAAGAUUGGUUUCUUUGUGCUUGACUGGGUUGUUUUUGUUGCAGUAAUAUUUCACAUUAUGUAUGCAAUCUGUCAAAAUAAAUGCACUACAAGGGACUGCAUACCUGACUUUUUGAAAGGCAGAGGAACCACAUUUUAUUAUGUAGCAGUAUUUUUAUUGGUCGUUAUUCCACCCAUCGUAAAUUGCGUUACGUGUUGUUCAACCGCUUGUGACGUUAUUGGAAAAACAAUUCCAUUUGUAAAGGCGGGAUUUCUAGUGGUGGUACUUUUUCUAUUACGAUAUGAUGACAAAGACAGGAGAAGAAAUGUGGAGACAAUGAGAUUAAGACGAAUGGAAACUACCAACAAUUCAUGAUCUGUUGCAAAAUUUAAAAAGACAAAUUGAUGAACCAGUACAAAUUUUCUGGCAGAUGUAGCUGUCAAAGUGAGACAGUAGAAAUGUACAUGUUUUAAGAAAACAAGACAGACUCAACUGAACAAAAAAAAUCUUAAUAAUUAGUCUCUGAUUUAUUAACACACAUUUUUAAAAUCAUAUAUGUCUUUGUUAUUUUUUUUUUCAAACAAUUUAAAUAAGAAUGAAGUUCAAAAUUAUGAGCUUAUAUGUUAACAUUAUUUUAUCUUGUUAAAUAUUACACUAUUAUUAUGUUGAUUUCUU